GCGUUUGAAAGGAGUGGGUAACUGGUCCAGCUGGUUGGUUCACAACAACGUUUCCUUGUAAUGAGACGGAAGGUUUGGUGUGGCUGGCUUUCACACAGCAGGAAGAAGACGAAGGAAUGGCCACUCCUCACAGGUCCUGGUCUGAGGAGAACUUUUCAUGUCCCAUCUGUCUGGAUGUGUUCAAUAGCCCAGUCUCUACACCAUGUGGACACAACUUCUGCACAACCUGUGUUACAACAUUCUGGGAUGACAAAGACCAGUACAAAUGUCCUGUUUGCAAUGAGAUUUUCCAAACAAGACCUGAUUUACGGGUCAAUACCCUCUUAUCAGAGAUGGUUGAUCAGUUUAGAACGUUCACACGAGUUAAAGAGCAGCAGUGUGUUGAACCAGGAGAAGUUCCCUGUGACGUCUGUACUGGGACCCAGCUGAAGGCUGUGAAGUCCUGCCUAGUGUGUUUUAUCUCUUACUGCCAAACCCACCUGGAGCCACAUCAGAGAGUCACAGUUUUGAAGAGCCAUGAGCUGGUCGAGCCUAUGAACCGUCUGGAAAACAGGAUGUGUAAGAAACACAACCAACUUCUGGAGCUCUUCUGCCAGACUGAACAGGUGUGCGUGUGUCAGUUAUGCACAGUGAUGGACCACAAGUCCCAUCCUGUUGUACCUCUAAAGGAGGAAUAUGAACUGAAGACGGCCCAGCUGGGGAAGAUAGAGUCUGAAGUUCAGCAGAUGAUCCAGGAGAGACAACAAAAGAUUCAGGAGAUCAAAGACACAGUAGGACUCAUCAAAGCAGACGGAGACAGAGUGAUUGCCGAUGGUGAGGAGGUCCUCAUUGCACUAAUGCUCUGUAUUGCAAAGUGCCGUGAUGAUCUCAACGAAGCGGUGAAAGACGAGCUGAAAUCAACAGAGGAAAAGGCUGAAGGCCUCAUCAAAGAACUUGAGCAGGAAAUAGAAUUGCUGAUCAAUAGAUGCUCAGAGUCUAAGCAGUUCUCACAAAGUGAAGAUCACCUCCACUUCCUCCAGAACUUCAUGUCCCUGAAUAAUCCUCCAUCCACCAGGGACUGGACGACGGUGGAGGUCCGUCAUCCAUCAUACAUAGGGACCUUGAGUUGUUCUAUGGAUCAGCUGAAGGAGACACUGGACAUGGAGAUGAAGAAGAUGCCUGACCUGCAUUCAGCUCUCAAGAAGUAUGCCUGCAAACUCACGCUGGACAAAAACACAGUCUACAGACGAAUCGCUCUGUCUGAUGAAAACAGAAAAGCAACGAUGGAUGGAGAACAGCAUAGGUAUCCUAAUCACCCAGAGAGAUUUGACACCUGUGGCCAGGUUUUGUGUAGAGAGGGUCUGACUGGCCGCUGUUACUGGGAGGUAGAGAGGGAAGGAUGUGUUUCUAUAGGAGUGACAUACAGAGGAAUCAAAAGGAAAGGAGGGGGUAGUGACAGUAGGCUUGGAGGGUACUAUGAGUCCUGGAGACUUCAAUGUACUGAUGAUUAUUACAAGGCCUGCGGCAACAAUAUUGGAACAAAAUAUCCCCCCAUCCCUUACUCUGAUACAGUAGGAAUUUAUCUGGACCGGCCUGCUGGCACUCUGUCCUUCUACAUAGUAGGUCGUUACAAACUGACACACAUCCACACCUUCAACAACAAAUUCACCCAGGACCUCUACCCUGGGUUUCUGCUUGGGAACGGUACCUCAGUACGUCUUCGUCAGUUGUAGUAACACGCGGGAAAUCAUGUUUUGGUCCACAUUACUGACAGUGAGUGGUAGAAAUAACUCAAAAGCCAACCCUUUCCAUGGUAACUGAGCUGUUACCCUUAAGGAUUAUGAGUGGUGAAGUACGUCUCCAUGACAUCCCGUAUAAAACCUAAAUAAAUCUUAAUAACUUACUAAAUGAUACCAGAGAGAAAGGAUAAGGGUUUGAGACCAAUAAUCACUGAAUAUACGAAGAAUUGUGUUUAACUCUUUUGAGAAGAGGUGUAUAAGGGUUAGAUUCCUGAGUUUGUAUUUGUAUAAGGGUUAGAGUCCUGAGUUUGUAUUUGUAUGAGGGUUAGAGUCCUGAGUUUGUUUGUAUAAGGGUUAGAGUCCUGAGUUUGUAUUUGUAUAAGGGUUAGAGUCCUGAGUUUGUGUGUGGGUGGAAUUCUGAGACCGAGCUCCGUGGGAGACGUUUCCAAGUUCUGUCUGGGUUAGAGUCCUAGAAUCUGGAUUGGAGUUCCAGAGAAGGGACCAAGUUCCUUUAGGUCGGGUUGUAGUCCCGACUUGGGUUCCAGAGAGACUGUUGAUCUGAUCUUAAAUACAUUGCACUUUCAAUUUUACUUACUAAAAAGCCUUUUUAACUUUCAAUUUAAUUUUCUCUUAAAUACAUUGCACUUUCUAUUUUACUCAUUUCUUUGCAUAUGUUUUCUUUUACUUAUCUAUUAUUUUAUUUUAUUUUAUUGUAUGACAAUGUUUAUAUGUGAAGCACUUUGAGUCUGCCUUGUGUAUGAAAAGUGCUACAUAAAUAAAGUUGCCUUGCCUUG